UCGAAUGAAAGCAAAUCACGAGUUAAGAGAGAGAACUCAGGAAGUGUGUAAAAACAUACAUAGUUGACGAGCAAAGGGAGGACGUCUCUAGAGAGAGUGAGAGAGUUUAGAGAGUAUGGAGUCUAGAGAGAGAGUGAUACAUGGGUCCCUCUCUCUUGACCAGAACCUGCCAGUCUCUGCCCUUCAUCGAUAGAUAGAUUCAUCUGCCACAGCCCUCGUAUUUUUGACCGUUAUACCUGCACAAGCAUGACCGUUGAAAGCCCAAUAGGAACUCCAUCUCUCUCUCUCUCUAGCAGUGUUGUUUCCAUAUCUCUCUGUAGGAACAACCCAAUAUAUACUUACCCCAAAAGAAGUGAAAAUUCCCAUAAAGGGAAAACUGAAAAUGAAAAACUAUAGUCCCUUCCAUCUCUCGUGCUCCGCGCUUUAGGCGCGCCACCAGUAUUAUUCUACCACCCCUCUUUGGCCCCCACCAUACCUGCAACAAAACCCUUUUACUUUCUCUCUCAUCCCCCCUCUCAUUCAUACACACAGUGCACAAAGGAUCCAGUCCACCCCCACAACUUCUUUUUAGGGUUUUCUGCAACACCUUUCCUCUCUCCUCCGCACCUCCCCUCCCCUCUCACUCUCUCUACCCAUCUUAAAGAAACUCAAAGACACAUAAAGGGCAAAGACUGCUGAAGGAAAUGGCCCAGAGAACCUGCCACCAUGUCAUCAAUUGCUACUUUCUCUCUCUACUCUUCAUGCAACUGUUCUCGGGUUCUUCCUCCUUCAACAUUACAUCCUUCUUUUGGAGACACCCUGAUUACACAACAUUCAAUAACCUUCUCACUGCUACCAAUGUUGCAGAGGAAAUUGGAGGGAGGAGCUCAUUGACUAUUUUAGCUCUCUCUAACUCUCUCAUGGCGCCCUUUAUCUCUGGUUACAAUGGCAAUCUCCCCACCCAACAAGUAUCAGACAUUUUAAGGUACCAUGUUCUCUUAGAAUACUUAGAUUGGGAUCGUUUCUCUCAGAUCACAAGCCGAGGGACCCUUGUUACCACUCUCUAUCAGACAACAGGAAGAGCCCCAACCAGUAUGGGAGCUGUGAAUAUAACUUCUUCAAAUAGCCAGAUUCACAUCGGCAUGCCAUUGCCAAAUGCUGGUUUUAAUGCUUCAAUCUCAGGUAUGGUGGACAAAUUCCCCUACAUUAUAAGCAUAUUCAGCAUCGAUAGAAUACUAAUUCCCUAUGGGAUUGAUAUCUACUCUGCACCACCCCCACUUUCUCUCUUUAUAAAUAUCACUGAUGUUUUGGUGAGGGCCCAAAACUUCAACUUCCUUGUGUCCAUGAUUGAGGCCUCAGGGGUUGUGUAUGAGUUUGAGAGAGGUGAGGUGGGAGCUGGGAUCACCAUUUUUGCCCCAGAUGAUGAUGCUUUCUCUCUCUUAAAUCCAGAGACACUACAGGGCUUGACCGCUGAUAAGAAGGCUCUGAUUCUGAAAUACCAUGUUCUUCUCUCUUACUAUCCUUUGGGUUCUCUUCAAACUAUUUUGAACCCUGUUCAGCCAACUUUGGCAACUGAAGAAAUCGGGGCUGGCACUUAUACUCUGAAUAUCACUAGAUUGAGGGGAAAUGUAGCAGUGAGUAGCGGAAUUGUUAUAGCACCAGUUACCCAAACUGUGUUUGAUCAGAAGCCAUUAGCCAUUUUUACAGUUCCUAAAGUGCUUUUGCCCAAAGAGAUUUUUGGGUCUCCUCCUCCGGCCCCUGUUCCUGCACCUCCACCAAAUUUAGGGGAAGUUCCCCUUGUUUCUCCUCCACAUUUAUCAAAACCCCCUUCUUGUAGUCCUCCUAAUACUAAUCACCAUAACCAUCAUCACCACCACCAUCACCAUCCUCCUCGGCCUCCUCUUCCUCCUCCUUUUUCGAGUUCUCCAGCUCCCAAGCCGUCUGAGCCUGCUUUGCAUGCUCCAUUUAUAAGCCCUGUUUCUUCUUUCGAAACCGCUCCUCCACCUUCUUCUUCCUCCUCCUCCUGGAAUUCUUCUUCUCAUGGUCUAAGUCCUUCAAUUUCACCUCCUCAUAUGGGGCUUCCAAUGCAACCUCCUGCUUCAUCUCCUUCUCCUUCCCCUGAAACUGAUCGAAAUAAAGGAUCCAAAGGUGUUUUGAGAGAAACCCAAUUCGGGCCUCUGCUAACCUGCAUUUUCAUCGUGUUGGUGGAUCAGAUUUGGGGUAGAAUGGUUUGAAUUCAUUACAGGAUUAAUGGAUUGGAGAUGUUCAUGUAAUUAUACAGAAGAUAGGUAAAAGGAUGGAUUGUGGAGAUCGGAUUAUGCUUAUUGUUGGAGGAAGGGCUGGGACUGUUCUUUCUUACACCAUGGGGAGGGGGGGGGGGAGGAGAGAGAGAGAGAGAGAAAUUAAUGAUAUACUUCAUAGUUUACCUAUUGAUCAGCUGGAAUUUCAGCAGUUCUAAAUCGACAGAGAGAGUGAGGUUUACGAAUUUAUAUAUGAUUCAGCCGUUUGUAUGCUUGUUGGAAAUGGCUGGGUAUAUUGUUUGUUGCUGUUGCAGUUCUAACUCUACUGAAAUUUCCCUGUAACUCUUCAUUGUAUAGAUUAUAAUUAUAUAAUUAAAGAAAACUUUGGAAA